GCGGCCCUCCGGAGCGGCUCGGCUCGGGGUUCCACGCAGCGCUCCCUAACCCUCUCUCGCUCUCGGGAGCGAGCAGGGGAGGGGAAGCCGCCGGCUCCCUAGGGCAGGCGGCCCUGCGGUGCGGCAGCUCAAAGGCGGCAUCGUGCGGGGCGGCGCACCCUGCAGGGAGCGGCGGGCGCCGCGGCGGCUGGAGGACGAGCCUCCAGCGGAAUGGCCCUGGCGCGGCUGCGGGCCAGGUGGGGCCCUGGGCCCGGGCUGCUGGCGCUGUCCACGCUGGGUUUCUGCCUGAUUCUGCAAGUCAGUGCCAAGAGGCCCCCCAAGGCGCCCCCCUGCCCGGCCAGCUGCUCCUGCACCAGGGACACCGCCUUCUGCGUGGACUCUAAGGCGGUGCCCAGGAACCUGCCCUCCGAGGUCAUCUCUCUGACCCUGGUGAAUGCUGCCUUCUCAGAGAUCCAAGACGGCGCCUUCUCCCACCUGCCACUGCUGCAGUUCUUAUUACUCAACUCCAACAAGUUCACGCUGAUUGGAGACAACGCCUUCACAGGACUGUCCCACCUGCAGUACCUCUUCAUUGAAAACAAUGACAUCUGGGCCCUAUCCAAGUUCACCUUCAGGGGGCUCAAGUCCUUGACACACCUCUCGCUGGCCAACAAUAACCUGCAGACACUGCCCAGAGACAUCUUCCGGCCCCUGGACAUUCUGAGUGACUUGGACCUACGGGGCAAUGCGCUCAACUGCGACUGCAAGGUGAAGUGGCUGGUGGAGUGGCUGGCCCACACCAAUGCCACUGUGGCCCCCAUCUACUGCGCCAGCCCGCCCCGCUUCCAGGAGCACAAGGUGCAGGACCUGCCGCUGCGGGAGUUUGACUGCAUCACCACAGACUUCGUGCUCUACCAGACCCUGUCCUUCCCAGCCGUGUCCGCUGAGCCCUUCCUUUACUCCAGCGACCUCUACUUGGCUCUGGCCCAGCCCAGCGCCAGUGCCUGCGCAGUGCUGAAGUGGGACUAUGUGGAAAGGCAGCUUCGAGACUACGAUAGAAUCCCAGCCUCCUCAGCCGUCCACUGCAAGCCGAUGGUGGUGGACAGCCAGCUGUAUGUGGUCGUGGCCCAACUGUUCGGUGGCUCUUACAUUUACCACUGGGAUCCCAACACCACGCGCUUCACCAAGCUGCAGGACAUCGACCCCCAGCGCGUUCGCAAGCCCAACGACCUGGAGGCCUUCCGCAUUGACGGCGACUGGUACUUUGCUGUGGCUGACAGCUCCAAGGCAGGUGCCACCAGCCUCUACCGUUGGCACCAAAAUGGCUUUUACUCCCACCAGGCUCUGCACGCCUGGCACCGUGACACCGACCUCGAGUUUGUGGAUGGCGAGGGCAAGCCGCGGCUGAUUGUGUCUAGCAGCUCCCAGGCACCGGUCAUCUAUCAAUGGAGUCGAACCCAGAAACAGUUUGUGCCCCAGGGAGAGGUGACUCAGGUACCUGAUGCCCAGGCUGUGAAACACUUCCGUGCUGGCCGUGACAGCUACCUGUGCCUCAGCCGCUACAUCGGUGACUCCAAGAUCCUGCGCUGGGAGGCCACCCGCUUCUCCGAGGUACAGGCGCUGCCCUCCCGCGGCUCCCUGGCCCUGCAGCCCUUCCUGGUGGGUGGCCACCGCUACCUGGCGCUGGGCAGCGACUUCUCCUUCACGCAGAUCUACCAGUGGGACGAGGGGCGAGAGAAGUUUGUACGGUUCCAGGAGCUGGCAGUGCAGGCCCCCCGGGCCUUCUGCUACAUCCCUGCUGGGGACACCCAGCUGCUCCUGGCCCCCAGCUUCAAGGGACAGACGCUGGUAUACCGACACAUCGUGGUGGAUCUCAGUGCCUAGAGGGCUGUCAAGGCCUCUGGGUCCUCAGGGUGGUGCUGGAGGCUGGGUGGGGGCCUCUGAACAGCACGUGUGCCUGCGCAGGUCACAUCGGCCCACCUGCAUAUGCACCCUUAUACGUGCACACACGGGUGAGCCUGGGCAUAUACCACAGACUGGCCUGGGGGAGCCAUUCCUUGUCUCUGUAAUCAGCACGAACUCCUAUAUAUGCACCAGGCACCCAGGUACUCUGGCCCUCCUAUAUGUGUGCACCGCCUCCCAUAUCUAUAGGCUCCCGGGCUCUGCUCCUUUGCUCAUGCUUAGAAGUGAUGGGUUGGGCACAGAGAGGGGCAUGAGCCAUGCCCUCCUGCUCUCCGGCUUAGACUUUCCACUGGCCACUUCUGGCACCCACAGAGGCCUUUCCUGUGGGCACUCCAGGUGUGUCUUUCCCUGUUCACACUUCACACUGCAGCUUCAGCCACAGCUGUCAGCUCCCAAGUGCACCCACUCCUGCUGCACCCUUGUGCAUACACACGUGGACACUAACAGACACACUCAGCCUCUCACUCACACACACCUGUCCACACUCACACUUCCAUAGGUAAACACCGUCCCCCUGGGCACACACGCAGAUGGUGCUGCCCGAAGGGGCUCCCCUCUCUUAUUGCCUUGCUUCUGCUCUUCCUGGAGGGACCCACAAUACUGCUCCUCACUUGCUCCCUGCAGUGUAGCCCCCAGCGGCCGGCAGCCGAUGAGGACAAUUAGGACAAUUACACUGGUGAGCCUGGGAGUGCUGGCUUGCGCCUCUGUCCCAAAGCAGUCCCAGCCCUGGGUUCUCACGGGAGUGCCUUCUGUGACCCUGAAUCCCAGUUCACUUGGGGACAGAAGACCACCCAGAUGAGCCUUUCUUUCUGUGGUUGUCGCUUCCUCAGGCCUGGCCACCUCCUGGUUCACCCCAUCUUUGGGAUGGGACCCCUGGGCUGUGAUUCUCCUCAGUGGGUACAGGAGCUGGCUGAGCCAGGGAACCUGUGAGUCCCUGACUCUCCUCUGUGGGUGAAAAGAACAGAGCUUGGCUUCUAGCCUUUGGGGGCCCUGGCACCCCUCCGCCGCCCAGGGGUACACCCCUAGGCUGGAGGCUGAGCUCUGGGCCGGAAUGGGCUGGGGGCACAUCAGGAGCCUGGCUUCUGCUGCCCUCUGCUGGACGCCUGGAGGCACUGUUCCCAGAGGCCAAGUGAGGCCCGUGAGGAGGGAGGGCCCAGAUGGCUGUGACUCCUUGUGGCAGGAUGCCCAGGGGCACUUGGGUCAAUGCUUUGAUUCACUUGCUUCAAAUAAAAAGCUCCACCCCCUUCCA